AUGCGCCACACAGGAGUUUCCUGUGCCCGUUUUUGUAAAUCCACCAUUCGAAUCUAUCAAUCUACGGCCAUGCAUAAAAAGACCGAUCGAACUAAAGGACAUGGGGUGGUCCACACCGAUCCGGAGGCUCAACAACGUCACUUGCGUAGACAACUGGAUUCUCUGGAACGAGACAAUCACCAGUCACUGAAUGAUCUAGAAGGAUUCCUCACCAUGGCGAUUGCCGCUCAGAAAGACGAGGAUCCAUCGGUGCGAAAAACACGGCACAAGGUUGGAAAGGCCAACUUGUAUUCUUCAAAGACCAAUCUCAACAUACUAAUCGAAGACGCUCACCUGGAAACCUUGCCGCCUGACACCCCUUCUUAUCUCACAUGUAAUGCCGCACCGUCCAACUACCCACCACGACACUUUUGUUCUGUAUGCGGGUUUUCCAGCAACUAUAAGUGCUUGCGAUGCGGGAUGAAAUAUUGCUCGGUUCAAUGCUUGGGCACACAUCAAGAAACAAGAUGCCUGAAAUGGACUGCUUAG